AUGUACAUUUUCUCGAAAACCUACCCGAUCGCGGAAAGUGGCUGCGAGCCCCUCAAAGAAUGGUUGAUAUUGACGACCUUUGUAGAAAGGAAAAGCAUCCCAUCUAUUGACCGCAUUCAAGCCCGGUCUCAAGAAUCAGAGAAAUGGGCUCCCGAAUUUGCCCAAAGUCUUCAAUCAGCAGCCCGCCAUCUGGGUAACACCUGCACGUUUGAUGGCACCCACGUCCUGUCUGCAAGUAGCCGGGAGUGGAUCAAGGCAUGCACAGGAGAAGUCUUUGACCUAGAUCGAUUCCCCAUUGAGUUUCCUCGAUGGCAUUACUCGGCCUCUGCAAUGAUGACAAAAAAGGAGACUCCCAGUCUGCCUGAGCUCUCGGUCUUGGAGGACGAGAUCAAGCGUUAUCAAUCCUCAACAUUUGCACUGUUCUUCCCUAUCAUCGACUCAUCCCUCAUUCAACAUACAAUUAACGCUGCAUAUUACCAGAAAGUCUCUACAGAAUCUCCCACAAUUGCGGGUGCCAGAGCUUGCAUCUUUGCUUUUCACUCACUUGCUAUCGUCGUGCUUGGUGGGCCUGACCACCUUCCUUUUCAUGCCAGUCUUGAAUAUGCUCGCGAAGCACAUCGUCAUUUCCCAGAUAUUUUCAGCGAAGCAGCCACAUUAGAUGGCCUCCAGGCCAUUCUCCUGCUCCAGCGGGUGCACGAUUGA